AUAUUCCUUUACUACUAAGCAAUUAACUUCCAUUCUUAAUUCAGAACUCACAAACGUCUAAAUUCUUAAUACAGUCUAUCAUAAGAUCAAUUUCAAUGUGUGAGAGAGCUAGUGGUAGCAGUGUACAAAAACCUUCAUCUCUCCCCAUGACGUUGAGUCAUCGGAGGAAUAGGACCGUGCCACGACGAACAUUAUUAAAGCAACAUAGGGCAAGAAAAAGUAUUGAAAGAUGGAAAUCUGAGCCUUGUCUUUGGAGAGAUAUUAAUGGAGUUGAUGAUGAAAAUGAAGAUGAUCGUCGUUGGGAUGCGACGACGACGUCGUUGGAGGUGCUUUUCCGGCCACAAACUUGUUCGGAUUUAUUUUUCUCAUCGGAUUAUCUUAAUGUGCCUUCUCCAAUGAGUACUCAGGAGUACAAGAAGGAUGCAAAAGUUGUGGUUAAUGUGACAGUUGAGGGCACUCCUGGACCAAUUAAAACCAUGGUCAAGUUGGGAUCAAAUGUUGAAGAGACCAUAAGACUUGUCCUAAAUAAAUAUAAAGAAGAAGGUCGAAGUCCUCAUCUUGAUGAUUCUUCAUCAUUCAAGUUGUACACUUCUCACUUUAGUCUUGAGAGCUUGAAUAAUUCAGAUGUGAUUGGAGAUGUGGGAAGUAGAAGCUUUCACAUUCGCAAGAGUAAUAGUAACAAUGGAAAUAAUUCGAUAGAAUUAAAUUCCAAUCCAUUUCUUGCUCUGAAGAUCAACAAAUUCAUAAAAGGAACAAGCAAUAUUUGGAAAUUCCUUAGUUGCAUACAUUGUUUUGAAUAA